AUGCUCUGGGGUUAUGACCAGGUUUCUGACUUCCAGCAAUUGGUCGUUAAAGGUUACGCUAACUACGUCCUUGGCAUGAACGAGCCCAACGAAUCUAGCCAGUCCAACAUGAGCCCCCAGGAUGGCGCUUCUCUCUGGUGGCAAUAUAUCAACCCUUUGAAGGACGAAGGCUACUACCUCAUCUCCCCUGCUUGCACAAAUGAUCAGGCUGGUCUUGACUGGAUGGCUGGUUUCUUCUCAGCCUGCUCUGGUUGCCAGAUUGAUGCCGUCGCCUUCCACUUCUACAGCACUAACGCUACAGAUUUCAUCAGCUAUGCCACUCAGUUGCACGACCUCUACAACUUGCCCAUCUGGGCUACCGAGUUUGCUGACCAGAACUUCAGCGGCACUGGUGGUCAGGCCAGCCAGGAUGAGGUCUAUGCUUUUGCGAGCAUUAUCAUCGACUUUGUGAACAGCACCCCCUGGAUGGAAGCUGCCUUCCCCUUCGGCGUUAUGAGUGACCUUCAAGGCGUCGACACUGCCAACGCGCUUCUUAGCAGCGACGACCAGCCCACUUCUCUUGCCUACAACUACUUUGGCUGA